GGGCCGGCCGGGCGGUGCUGCAGUCCGACGGCGGAGAGGGGGGAAGCGGAUGUCCCCACGUCGGGCGGUGGGCUGCCAGGGCUGGGCCGCAGCUCCAAGCCCCGCAUGCCCUGGUGCCGCCGCAUCCCCGCCGCCCCCCUGAACCGCCCCGCACGGCGGCCCAGGGCCGCGCCCGCCGCCCCUCUGCCAGUCCCGCUCCCGCCCCAUCCGCCUCUCUUUGCUCUCUUUGCUCUCCCCACAGCGCAUGCGCGCCGCGCCCUGCCCAGCACCGAACCGCGGCCCCCGCCCCGCCCGCGCUUUUUUCCCCCUUCCCCCUCUUUCAAACGCGCCGCCACCGAUUGCUUGCCAGCCCUGCCACUCCGCCGCUCCGCCAGUGGCCGUUGGUCGACGCUGCGGGGGAGGCGGGCCCUCUUCGACGCUAUAUAAAGGGCGGCGGGGCGCUGGGCUCCUUCUGCUGCGCUGCGCCUCCUGCACGGACGAGUGUCUGCUGCUCUGCUCGUGUCUCGCCAUGGCCAACCCCGUCGUCUUCUUCGACAUCGCCGCCAAUGGCGAGCCCCUGGGUCGCGUCACCUUCGAGCUGUUUGCAGACAAGGUCCCAAAGACAGCAGAAAAUUUCCGUGCUCUGAGCACUGGUGAGAAGGGAUUCGGCUACAAGGGAUCCUGCUUCCACAGAAUCAUUCCUGGGUUCAUGUGCCAGGGUGGUGAUUUCACACGCCACAAUGGCACUGGAGGCAAAUCCAUCUAUGGGGAGAAGUUCCCGGACGAGAACUUCAUCCUGAAGCACACAGGCCCUGGUAUCCUGUCGAUGGCCAAUGCUGGCCCCAACACAAAUGGCUCCCAGUUCUUCAUCUGCACUGCCAAGACUGAGUGGUUGGAUGGCAAGCAUGUCGUAUUUGGCCGCGUCAAGGAGGGGAUGAAUGUGGUGGAGGCCAUGGAGCGCUGUGGCUCCAAAGACGGCAAAACAAGCAAGAAGAUCACCAUCACUGACUGCGGGCAGCUCUCGUAAACUCUCCUCUCACCAACUAACCAAUCCUUGGGCAGCCCAGGCACCACACCCUGCUGCAGCUCACCUGUUCCUUCUCCAGUCCUGAUACACUGCUGCAUUUCUACUGGGUCACUGGUCCCAUGGGCCGCAGUUACCUUCGAAUCUAAAUAAAACGAGUUAAACUACA